GGGGUGGGGGGUGGUAUAAGGUCAUUCAUCAUGUUGGGUGUAACCGAUUGCACUUCAGUUGGACACUUAAAACACUACGGUGAUCUUUCCUGAAGACAGAGAUGAAAUCAGGACUGAAACUCACCAUCGUUUCUUUUCUGUUUCAAGCUGUGUUGUGUAGAGAAUUCUCCAUCACUCUACCAGAGAGUGUAGAAGCUCUGAGAGGACUCUGUGUUCUCAUACCCUGCAGAUUUCAGAUUGAAGAACAAUACGAACACCUCCAGAGAGAUCCUACAGGAAUCUGGUUAUUAAACGGCACUGAUGUUAACAGUAAUAAAGUCUUUAACUCUAAAGUAACUACAGAGAACAAGAUUGAAGGUGAAAUUAUAGGAGAUCUCCUCAUGAAGAACUGCACCACCAUCUUCUACAACAUCAGAAAGAGAGACAGAGGAAAAUAUUACUUUAGAAUAGAGUAUGAAGGUCUAAAAUACAAUUAUAGACCACCAGUAUCUCUAAGAGUGCGAGACUCUCCAAUCAGACCCUCAAUAACACUGUAUAAGGAGGAUCAGGGGGAGGUGGAGGACCAGAAUGAGGUGGUGGAGGGAACUUCAGUGAGUCUCAUUUGCUCUGCUCCAUCUGCUCCAUGUCUCUUAAAUCCUCCCACUUUUACAUGGAACUUCCUGCCUGAGGAGAGAAGACAGGAGCAGAACCACAACACCAGCUUCAGCUCCUCUCAGCUGAACUUCAACGCUACUCACCUGCAUCAUGGACUCACUUUCACCUGCACCACCACCUACCAGCUCCAGAACCAGAACAAAUCAGCACGGAGCUCUCGUACUCUACAUGUUCUGUACGCGCCUCUGGUCUCUCUUAGCUGUAACAACACUCUGGAUUUCUUCAACUGUUCCUGUGAGGGUCAUGGAAAUCCAUCACCUAAACUAGAGUGGUGGCUCUCAGGUCAAGCCGUCCAACCCUCUGAGAUAAUAUCCACCUUCAACGGGUCACAAAACAACACGAUCUUAAGAAGCUUUAUCUCCAUCCAACAAGCAUUUAAUGAAACACACAUUCUACAGUGUAUUGGUUCCAAUAAGCUGGGCAAAACCUCUCACCUCUUCUCAGUUAUGAAAGUGACCCAGUGUUCUGCUGAUAGAGUUUUAGGUUCAGGUGUGGAUGUUCCCUCAGUGCUGACUGGUGCUGCUGUUGGAGCUUCAGUAAUGAUGUUGCUGUGUGGUUUAUUCCUGUGUGUGAGGAAGAAACAAAUCAAACCUCCUACUGGACAAGAAGAUACAUCAGGAAAUGUGUUAAAUGAUAGGGUAGUUUGUCAGGAGGAAGAUGAAGAUUCUGUUUAUGCGAACAGAACAGAUUUAUCAGAGUCACUUCAUUACUCCACUGUGGUGUUUGCAAACGGAGCAGACUGUGAAAUCAGAGGAGUUUCCAAGCUCACUGCUGAAUACGCAACAAUCCACCACAGCGCCAAGCAACAAACUGAGGAAGAAGCUACAGGAACAGCCAUUAAAGAAGUCCAGGAAGAAAAUGUAUCAAAGUCAAACAGUGCUAAAAUAGAGGAGGAGGAGGUAACUUACGGAAACAUCACACGUCAACCAACGAUGAAGCAAACUUAGUUCGAGGUUAAUGAUGAUGAGGCUAAAGAAAGAGAUAAAGAGCAAUACAAACACUCAGAGGAAGGUCAAAGUCUUUAUGCAGAAGUUAAACCCAAUAAACAUGAAAAGAAAACAUGAAAAUAAUCUAUAAAAUUCUCGGUUUAACAUAUGGUGUUUAAAAAUCAUAUGCUCCACCUUUCCCCAAGGCUAUUAGCUAGAUGGGUCUUUCUGGAAGACAUUUAAACCUCGUCAGCUUACCGUCCAGGAUUUGCUACCUUUUCUAUCUUUGCAAACUGUGAACUCUGACUUGAUGGUGGUUUUCUUCUGUGUACAAUUCUCUGCUUGUUAUAGACUUGUUUAAGCCUAGCCCUUCAUGUUUGCUUUGUCCGUAUACACCGAUCAGGCAAAACAUUAUGACCACUGAGAGGUGAAGUGGAUAAGACUGAGUAUCUCCUCAUCAUGGCCCCUGUUAGUGGGUGGGAUAUAUUAGGCAGCAAGUGAACAUUGUGUCCUCAAAGUUGAUGUUAGAAGCAGGAAAAAUGGACAAGCGUAAGGAUUUGAGUGAGUUUGACCAAAAGGACCAAAUUGUGAUGGUUAGACCACUGGAUCAGAGCAUCUCCAAAACUGCAGCUCUUGUGGGGUGUUCCUGGUCUGCAGUGGUCAGUAUCUAUCAAAAGUAUACUUUAAAUCCGGUAAGUUGCAAGGUGGGGCCCAUGGAGGCACCAUCUCACAACUUAGAAGACACUAGAAGGAUCUAGUGGAGUCCAUCUCAGCGGGCUGUUUUGGCAGCAAAAGGGGGACCAACACAAUAUUAGGCAGGUGGUCAUAAUGUUAUGCCUGUUCAGUGUAUACUGUGUAAAUAUCAUACACCAAUAUCCACUUUUGUAAAUAACAUGCUGUUCGGUGGUUAGUAGGAAGUUAGUGAUAUUUAUGUUUGUUCUGUUUCCUUUUGUUUUUUUUGUUUGUUUUUUUUUGGUUAGCUAUAGGGAGCGAUGGAAUUUUCUUUUCUUUUC